CGCGAAGCCCACACAGCCGCUCCGGUCCGCCCCUCCUCUGGUCUGUCACGCUCGGCGGCUCCUCCGAGAGGCUCCUCGCUUCCUCCCGCAGCUCCACUCCGCGAGCAGGAGGCAGCGGGAGCGGAGGCAGCGGCCGCGGCUCUCCGCCGCCUGCCCCCCGGUUGAAUAUUACAACUUCACUUAUCCCCGGGAUUUCUCCACUGAUGUCCAACACACAAUAGACAUUCCAAACAAUAUUUGGCAGGUGCCUUUGCAGCUCAACAGCAGUCCUUUGAUACAGAAUGGAGGACACAUACAAAGACAGGACUUCACUAGUGAAAGGGGCCAAAGAUAUUGCCAAAGAGGUGAAGAGGCAAGCAGUGAAAAAAGUGAAUAAAGCUGUUGACAAAGCCCAGGAUGGCUACACACAGAGGUCCUACAAUAGAUUCCAGGAUGAGGAAGAUGAUGAUGAUUACUAUGGCCAAGGAGGAAAUUAUGGUGUAGAAGCUAAUGAUGAUGAAGGAUCAAGUGAAGCAACUGAAGGACAUGAUGAAGAUGAUGAAAUUUAUGAAGGGGAGUAUCAGGGAAUCCCCAGCAUGGGGCAGGGUAAGGAUGACAUGGUGGCCUUAGGUCAGUCCAUGCGUGAUGAAUACAAGGAUCGUCAUGAACUGGAAACAGAGAGGAAAGCUGAUGAAGAAGAGCUAGCACAGCAAUAUGAAUUGAUAAUACAAGAAUGUGGCCAUGGUCGUUUCCAGUGGGCCCUCUUCUUUGUGUUAGGAAUGGCCCUAAUGGCUGAUGGGGUUGAAGUGUUUGUGGUUGGAUUUGUGUUGCCCAGCGCUGAAACAGAUAUGUGUAUACCCAAUUCUGGAUCAGGAUGGCUUGGUAGCAUAGUGUACCUUGGGAUGAUGGUGGGGGCGUUCUUCUGGGGAGGCUUGGCAGACAAGGUGGGAAGGAGACAAUCACUCCUGAUAUGCAUGUCUGUCAAUGGAUUCUUUGCCUUCCUCUCAUCCUUUGUCCAGGGCUAUGGCUUCUUCCUCUUCUGUCGCUUGUUUUCUGGAUUUGGAAUUGGUGGAGCUAUGCCAACAGUCUUCUCCUAUUUUUCGGAAGUGCUUGCUCGGGAGAAACGAGGUGAACACCUGAGCUGGCUCUGCAUGUUUUGGAUGAUUGGUGGCAUCUACGCUUCUGCAAUGGCUUGGGCAAUAAUUCCUCACUAUGGAUGGAGUUUCAGCAUGGGCUCUGCCUACCAGUUCCACAGCUGGCGAGUGUUUGUGAUUGUCUGUGCACUGCCUUGUGUCUCCUCUGUGGUGGCCCUCACCUUUAUGCCGGAGAGCCCACGGUUCCUGCUGGAGGUUGGAAAACAUGAUGAAGCUUGGAUGAUACUCAAGCAAAUUCAUGACACUAACAUGCGUGCUCGUGGUCAGCCUGAGAAGGUCUUCACUGUUACCAGAAUCAAAACACCUAAGCAGAUAGAUGAGCUCAUAGAAAUAGAGAGCGAUACCGGAACUUGGUACAGGAGGUGUUUUGUGAGAAUCCGCACAGAGCUGUAUGGUAUUUGGUUGACAUUUAUGAGAUGCUUCAACUACCCAGUGAAGGAUAAUACGAUCAAGCUUACAGCUGUGUGGUUCACCCUGUCUUUUGGCUACUAUGGCUUAUCUGUCUGGUUUCCUGAUGUCAUUAAACAUCUGCAGUCAGAUGAGUAUGCAUCCCGAGUGAAACAUUUCCGCAACGAGGAGGUCUCACAUUUCGUCUUCAACUUCACACUGGAAAAUCAGAUUCACAGCAAUGGAGAAUACAUCAAUGACAGGUUUAUUAUGAUGAAGUUUAAAUCAGUAACCUUUGAAGAUUCACUCUUUAAGAACUGUGUUUUUGAAGACAUUACUUCACUGAACACAUACUUCAGGAAUUGUACUUUUGUGAACACCACCUUCUACAACACAGAUCUCGAGCAGUAUAAAUUUGUUGACAGUGAAUUGAUAAAUUGCACAUUUUUUCACAUCAGGACAGGAUGCCAGAUUUCUUUUGAUGAUGACUACAGUGCCUACUGGAUCUACUUUGUUAAUUUCCUUGGAACUUUGGCAGUGUUACCAGGAAAUAUUGUGUCCGCCCUCCUGAUGGAUAGAAUAGGACGGUUAACGAUGCUAGGUGGUUCCAUGGUUCUUUCUGGCAUCAGCUGUUUCUUCCUGUGGUUUGGGACCAGUGAAUCCAUGAUGAUAGGUAUGCUGUGCCUGUACAACGGCCUCACCAUCUCAGCAUGGAACUCUCUAGAUGUCAUUACUGUGGAGCUGUAUCCUACAGACAGAAGGGCAACAGGCUUUGGCUUUUUGAAUGCACUAUGCAAAGCUGCAGCUGUACUUGGAAACCUAAUAUUCGGUUCCCUUGUUGGUAUCACCAAAGCAAUCCCUAUUCUCCUUGCUUCUACUGUUCUUGUAUGUGGAGGUCUGGUAGGACUUCGGCUUCCUGAUACAAGAACCCAGGUGUUGAUGUAACUGGAAGAAACAUUCACUAUUUAUUUCCCUCUUUGUACAAAUGUCAAUUCUCCUGACUGAUAGUGCAAAGGCUUCAGAUUUUCAACACACAGUAGAGUGCUCAAAUGUCAGAAAUCAAACUCAAAGGAUACUUUAGAAUAGCAGAGAUUUAACAACCUCUGCAUGAAAGUUUUAAAUUUCGCUUUUGUUUGCUUGCAUACCUUGCUAUUCAAACCCAUUUCACUUCAAAGUGCAAAGCUACCUCUUAAAACAGUUUUGGUGACAUACCCAGGAAGGUAAAAACCAUACUGAUAAUUAGAUAAUUAAAAUGCAAGCAGUCAGAUUAUUUCAAAAACACACGCUAAAUUUGGCCAUGGCAUUGUGAGCUUUAUAGCAGUACAGACAUGCAAGUCAAUUACUUAGCAGUAUUGGUGCAGGGAAUGUUAAUGUAUCAAUGCAUGCAGCAUUUAUCAGGAAACUCAACUGAUCACAUCAGUACUGGGAACAGUGACCUUCUGCAGCUGUGCUUAGGUGGCAAAAACUCGUGGCAAAGACUCUUUCUUGGGAAACAUUUUUAGGCAGAUUCAGUCCAAGUAAAGAUUACCAACUACACCCCAUACUGGCUGGGGAGAAGGCAACAGCUACUGCAGGGAGUUUAGAAGUCCAUACAAGUAUGCAGCAGAGAGAAUAACAAAAAUUAACAUUUUCACUUUUUGCCUCUGAUGUUCCAGAAAAAUUUUGUUUUAUUCUCACUUGUGGCAUCUGGGAUAUUUUUUCAUUUAAAACAGUGAAUUUGUCUUGUUCCAGGAAUGAAUGAAUGCAAAUAGUUUUGUUGUUAGUAUGACUGAAGUUAGAAUCAGGCCAUUGAACUAUAUGAUAGGGAAGAUACUUUCAGAGUGGAAUUUAUAUAUAUAAAGGCCUUCUUUUUUUUCAUAUUUUCUACACUUUUUAACAAAACCAUUUUCUCAGCUAAUUUUUAAUAGUUCCAGAAAUGUCUGACCACUUAAUAUUUUUACAUGUCUCUUUGAAAAGCUGCUAAGAAAUCAGCUAUGGCAAGGCUGCAGGGAGUGGUAAUGUUUUCAUUAGACCAAGUGCAUAGAUGGAAAGCAAAUGGUAGUAAAUACAUUUCUUCUAUGCUGUGGACCGUUCUGAUUACUGCAAAAUUCCCCAUCAGUCCUAAUGGUAUGCAAAAGGUUAUGGGAUCUCUAAAAUAUCAGCAUUACCAAUGUAAUACAGAUACAUUUAUAAAAUUAUCAAAGAAAAGAGGAAUGUUUCUGAUGGCAGAAAGUGGCAUUGCUUUCAGUGCAGCUAAGACAGCUGAUAAACUGUCUGCAGAUUCAAGUGUCAAAUAACAAAUUUUCUAUAAAACAUGUGGAAAAUUUUAUUCACUAUUUUUUUUCUGAUUUUGUCUGACAGCAUUUAUUAGGUAAAUGAAUCACUGCCAAGGAACUAAGCUCUCAAAUAAGGUCACCAUAUAGUAAGCUAGAGUUUUUUUCAUUGAUUUUUCUCUUGCUCUUAGAUGUGAACUUGGUUUUGGGCAGUAAUAUCUGACCCUGCCAUCUUCUUAAGUCAUCAUCUUUGUCAUAUUAAAAUAAUCAGUUAAAGUCUACAUAAGAAGAUGAUUCAACACAUUUAUAAUUCACCGUUUAAGCUACUGAUUCUAGAAGUGACAUAUUCAGUUACUAACAAAUGUCUCUGCUACACAUUGUAGCAGAAAAAAUGUUAGCCCAAGGUGUUAUUUUCUCCUAUGAAAUGAGAAAAUUGACAGAAUUAAAAAAGCAUGAGUAUGGAAAACUAGGGGGCAUUUUUUUUAUGUUGAUCAUUUAAAUAUGCUGUAGUAAGAAAAAAGUAAGUUUAGCAAGUGUGUUUAUUUUGGAGGGUUAAAAUGAAGAUAUUUGAGAUGAAAUAUUUUAUGUUUAAAUCUGACUUAGACAUGUCUCUUAAAUUUCUAAACUAUGCUAAUAAAUGAAGAAGAAUUCUUUUUCACUAAGUUCUGGAACAAAAUUCUGGCCUUAGUUUUGCAUCUGUGGCUUUUGUCCACUAGUCAUAGCCUUUAUGUUAUUUUAAGGCUGUUUUCUACAAUUAAUAUUGUAUUUGAGCCCUUUUUCUCUGUGCAAUUCCUUAGUAGCACAUGUUCAACUCCUCUC